ACCCACAAAAGCUCACAUUUGGAGAGAGAGAAGGAAACACAAAAACAAAACAGAAAAACAAAAUCAAAGAGAGAAUGAUGAUGAAGAAGCAGCAAGUGACUAUAGUGGCAGCUCUUCUGAUUCUGGUGGCUUUAUCUUCCAACUUGGAUAUGGUGGCGGAGGCUCAAUUAGGCCCCGGAGAUUGCUACGACGGUUGUUCCACCGCCUGCGUCCAGCGCGACUCGAGGAAAACGGCCCGAUGCGAUCGCAAGUGCUCUAUUCGGUGUGGUCCAGAUGCUAAAAGGGAAAGAGAGACUGGUGCUUAAAGUUUUAUAUCCACUAAGAUCGAUUUAGAUUUACAUAUGUUGUAUUCUACGCUUUGUAAUUGUAUCUAUGUUUCUCUCUAAACAUAUUCUGUAUUGUUUAUGUUGUUAGUAUAACCAAUAGCCAAUAAUUACAGCUACAAUGUUCUUUUUUAUUUUUAUUUUAAAAAACCUACUUUAUU